UCUCUCUCUCUCUCUCUCUCUCUCUCUCUCUCCUGAGGGAGCCGACGAACUCGCGAGGUGGGGGUAGUUUCAGGUCCUGUAUUACUAAAUUGAGGUUUCAAAAUCGUUAAUAUUUUUCUGUCAACUGCUGAAGAAUUAUUUCUGUUUCGGAUUUCUUUCAAGCUUCUUCUUAAAUAGACAUGGCGCAGCGUCCAACUGUACCAAAAUUCGGCAACUGGGAAAGCGAAGAUAAUGUUCCUUAUACGGUUUACUUUGACAAAGCUCGGAAGGGUAAAACCGGUGGGAAGAUGAUCAAUCCAAACGAUCCACAAGAAAACCCUGAAAUGUUCGCCGAUAAAACCCCUCCGACGCCUCCUCGCUCCAGACCUCAACCGGAAGAACCUGUCGGCAGGCGUGCGGUUCGGCCGAGCAGGGAAGAGAAUGAGUAUCAACCACCUAAUGAUAACGCCGGCCGGAGAACCUCUGGUGGAUCCGCCUAUCAGCGCGGUGGUCAAGGGACGGCGGCAGGUCGUCCGGUGAAACAUAGUGCUGGCUCUGAAAAUAGCUUUGACCGGUCACCACUUCAUCCCCAUUAUCAGGCGAAGGUCGCCGCCGGAAAAGGUAGCGGAUCUCCGGCGUAUGAAGGAAAGAAUUCUUAUGAUAGUAGCCAUGGGACUCCCUCUAGGUCAAGAAUGAAACCUGCUCGUGGCGAUGACUCUCCGGAUAGAGGAGCUGCAGUUCCUAGGUUUGGUGAGUGGGAUGAAAACAACCCUUCAUCUGCAGACAACUACACUCAUAUCUUCAACAAGGUACGCGAGGAACGUGUAACUGGAUCACCCAUGACUUCUGGUUCAGAUGCAAGACCAAAUUACAACAUUCCACGUGACCAAAAACCCAAUAAUAAGCAGUGCUUCUGCUUCCCAUGGUCGAAGUGAGUAAAGAUUUUGGAAGAUUUGUUGUGAAUAGCUCUAAAGGGCUAGAUCUGUAUAUUCAGAGUUAGCUUCAUAUAUGCAUACAUCACCACGUAUUCUUUUCUUUCAUAUUCGCAAGUGUGAUUUUGUUUUUCUUUUGGGUGCAAUUGUUUUUGCGACAUGAGGAUUUAAUUUAAUUUUAUAUGUUUGGUUGUAACGAAACAAGUAUAUAUUCUUUCAUUUUGAA